AUGCCUAAACUUAAAAACACUAGAAAGUUACAAAAAAAAAGAGCUGAGAUAGCUCGCUUUGCACGUACAAAUUAUUCACUUAUUGAUCUUAAUUCAAGUAGCGAAAAUUCAAGUGAAAGUUCAGAUGACGAUUUAGAUAACUAUGGAGAAAAUUCAAUCAUCGAGCAACUUCUUGCAGCCUCACAAAUGAGUUUUGAAAAAAAAAAGCGACCUGCUGUCUAUAUCGGAAAUUCUAAACGUACGAGACAAAGAAAAAAUAAAGCAUUCAGAGAAGCUGCAAAAGGAAGCUUAAAACUUUCUCACUAUUUCAAUAAUACUCAACUGUCAGCUGCUAAUAAUAAUGAAAAUACCGAGAACCUUCAAGAUCAAGAGAAUCAGGUUCAAGAAUUAAAUGAAAGACUGUGGAACGAUGAACUGAGAGAUAAAUUGAGCGAAGAAUUAGGCGAGGAAUUGAGCGAGGAAUGA